GGCUUAUCGGUUUCCGGCUCGUGGCAAAAUCAUGGAUGGUCACUUCGAUGGUUUCCCCUUUAACUUGUAAUGUUUACGACGAACAGGCAGAUUCAUGGCUUGCGUUGAAUCGUUUCGCAUGAUUUAGAUGAACAUGAACACCGACAUAGAAACAUUUAUUAGUAGGAACUGCCCUUGGACCAAGCUACCAGACAGCGUUAGACAGCUCUUGGGGAACUCUCAGAAGGAGUACGAGAAGGCAGUGCUUCAGUACAGCAUCAAAAACCAACUGAGGUUCCGGGGUAAUCUAGUGAGAACUUACCACCGGGAUGAGAAGUCCUACUACGAGAUUCUCCUGCAGUACAGCAGGAGUCACUUGAUGCUCUAUCCGUACCACCUGUCGGAUUUUAUUGUGACAAGAAUGCGUAUCACACCGUUUCAGUACUACAUCUCAGUCAUGCAAGAUCUUAUGGAGCAAGAAAGAAGCUACGACUCGCUGCCAAACUUCACAGCAGCAGACUGUUUAAGACUCCUAGGCAUUGGUCGGAACCAGUACAUAGACCUUAUGAACCAAAGCCGAUCAUCAAGACGUUUCUUCAGCGUGCGACGGAAGUCCAUCCGAGACCUGUUGCCUGCAAAACCAGUCCCGGAGAUUUCCAUCGAGCCCUGGUGGAUGGUUCAUGUUGGCUACGUCACCGAAGAUGAUAUUCGAACAGUAACGGAGUCGGAAAAGAACGUCAUUGACAAGAUAAUCGACGAUGGUCCUCAAAAGGCUGGAACUCUCGUUGCCGACGACGUCCGAAACCUCUAUGUGAAAGGCCUCGUGUACCUUGAUGUUCCCCUGGAUGAUAACGACUGUAUCUCAGUUCCACCCCUGGAAGGAUUCGUAAUGAAUCGUGUCCUUGGUGAUUACUUCGAAACGCUGCUGUACAAAAUCUUCGUUUCAAUUGAUGGACAGACGCCACUCUCUGAGCUCGGUGGUGUGCUCCAGAUCGACCUCCAACUAGUCAAGAAUGCGGUCUCAAUGUAUUGCCGCCUCGGUUUCGCCGUGAAAAAGAUAAAGGAGGCCGGAGAAUAUCACCUGUCGUGGAGAGCCUCGCAAGAUGACAAGACUGCAAGGGCGCGGAACAAAGAAGUGGAAGAAUUCAUGUCGGUUCUGCACACUGAGGUGGAGACGGAAGGUUCCGUAGUCGGGGGAGACUCUGUUCCGUCGUCUGACUCCACCAGUUUGGAUGAGACUGCAUCGAGCGACUUGUUUACGACCAGCCGGGAAAAGAGGAUAGGUUUCCUCUUCGAUUCAAACCUAACAGCAUUUCUUAUGAUGGGGAACCUCUCUUUGGGUUUGAAGAGCCAUGCCGUAACGAUGUUUGAAGUGGGCAAGCUUUCUGAUGAAUCGCUGGACAGUUUCUUGGCUGAACUGAAAAAGGUGGGCGAAACGGGAGAAGGUGAAGCGCAGAGAUACUUCGACCAUGCUCUCACACUUCAAGACACGGUUCGUUUCCUCCGACACAAUGGAAACGUCCAACCGGUACACCAGGGCGGCGCCAGUAGUCCGCACGGGACGGGGCUCGGCCUAGAUUUGGUUCGCUGCGAAAGCCUGCAGAACCUCGACCGGGACACCUGCGCUCGGCUUCUUCGAAAGAACUAUGCGUUACUGGUAUCGAUGGCUCCUCUUACCAAUGAAGUUCGUCCAGUCACAAGUUGCAUUCCACCUCAUUUGGGACCAGCGAUACCGGAAGUGAACUCUGCCUGGUUCAAGCUGUUCAUUUACGUGAUCUCGGGUUGUGGGCCACCAACCCUUCUCCUGUCCAAGGGAACUAGGCUAAGAACACUUCCCGUAGUCUUCCAGGAACACGAUAAACUUCUUGUGACGACUUGGAGCCACGAUCCUGGUACUGUUCCAACAUCCUGUGCCCUGAUCACACUUAAUGAUGCUCUUACACACUCUGCUGUGCUGAUCCAGGCCCAGGGAAAGGGUGGUGAACAAAGCUACAUUCCAUUUCCAUUCAAUAAAGAAGAGGAGCUAAGUAAAGGAAAUUUCUUGGUGAGCCACCCAGCCGUGGAGACUUUAACGAGAGAGUUGGAACUCCACCACUCGUGCGGCUACAUCACCAUGAUGCGAACGCAGAAGGCAGCAGGUGGUUCCGAAGAAAGCCGGGGAGAUGUCUCCGAAUGGCAGUUGCUCGACUGCAACUACGGGAUUCCGCUUUUCGAUAACGCUUUAAACAAGGAUGUCUGCAGUCGAGUUCUCACGCAUAACAUCUGUUCGGAAGACAGCUUAAAAUUACUGACAAGGACCAAUAGGGAAACUGCGUUGCGGUUACUGGAUUUUAUUUCACAGUACCAGGUGGAUUCGUUUGUUCUAAACAACAAUACGUUACCACUUCCAACACAGAAUCUGUUGUUCUCUGAUGGCAAACUCGUCGUGAGCAACGGUUAUGGACACUGAUGUACAUUCAAAGAGUUAUUCUUAAAAUAAAACUAAAAAAAUGUA